AAGGCCCUUUGUUAACUUCGUCUCCUAGAAAAGUAUAUCACUGUCGUGAUGUAUCCAUGUCGCUGCACUAUGUUGCAGUCGAGGUAGUCAGAUGGUAAUACUGAAGCAGAUACUCUGCAAAAGCUGCUAUUCUUCAGUAUUACUUCCGAUUUGAAAGAUGUACAUUUCGAAACGAAGUCCACAAUGAGUCAUUAGUCCUGAAGUGGGAUGAACUGUGUGACAUUUGUCACAGAUCUUGCUAGUCCAACGGCAAAAUGGAGGUAUGGGAUUUUGUGAUUCCCAUGAACCGGGAUGACCUCCUGAACUCUAUCAUGGGCACGUACAAGGUUUCUAAUCUGUACGGCCCACUGGAAAUCAAAGACAACUUUGCUGAGUGCAAAUCUGCUCUUGCCUCGGAAGGUGUAGAGUUUAUUUUGGAGCAUUUUGACAGCCUGUACUCUGUCCUUGUGAACUUGAAGAAACUAGAGAUGUCUUUCCUGAAGACGGUGUGGCAGUUCAUGUUGAGAGCGUGCGAGAGGCUAGACACUUACUUGGCGGACGUCCUGAGCAGCGAUCUGGAUGCGGAGAAGCGGUCCAGGACUGCCAACGUGGCCAAAAUGCUGGUCUACAUAAUGACGGACCUGACGUCCGGGAUCGAGGAUCGCAUUGUGCAGAAGUCUGCAGAUGCAGCGAUGAUCGACGGGAAGAGUCGGAAAAAGGGCUUGAAGAAAAGUGAAAGUGAGGAGUCGGAAUGGGAGGACCAGAGACACGCUGUCGUCAAGCUGCUGUACGGGAUUCUGCUGAAGGAGCUGGACCACCUCUGGAGCCCACCUGUCGUGGAGCAGGACUUUGUCGAUAUCAUUGCCAACUGCUGCUACAAGCUGCUGGAAGACUCCAACAUCGCAUCGGCAAGAAUGAAAGACACCAGAGAAUCCAUCAUGCAUGUCCUAGGGGUACUGGUGAAACGUUACCGUCACGCCCGUAGCUUCAUUAUUAAGUCCAUGCAGCUCCUGAAGGUGUACGACCACCUGGUGGGGCCCCUGGCGGAGGGGGUGCGGCUCCUGGUGAGCGAGUACUCGGGCCGCAGCCUGGUGAAGGAGCUGGUGAAGGAGGUGUGCGACUGGCAGCCGGACGCCAUGCUGCAGGACCCGGCCGGGGUUCGGGCCUACUCCCAGUUCGUGGUGGAGCUGGGGCAGGCCCUCCCGGACCUCAUGCUCCCGGCCAUGGAGCUUCUCGCCCCGUUCCUGGAGGACGAGCCCUAUCCAAUGCGGAACAGUGUGCUCACGGUGAUGAGCGAGAUUGUGCUGAAGCAGCUCAGCUCGGAGAAUUUGUCCGAAGAAGAUCGGGAAACCAGGGAUGAGUUCCUUGGCAAGCUGCAGGAACAUCUGCUCGACACUUGCGCCUUUGUCCGCUCAAAGGUUUUGCAGCUGUGGUUGAAGUUGUGUCAAGCAGGGGCGGUGCCCAUAGCUUGUCAGGGCCCUUUGUUGACGGCAGUCACCUCCCGCCUCCAUGACAAGAGCAGCAACGUCAAGAAGUAUGCAGUUCAGCUGUUGACUGCCUUCAUGGAGAGUAACCCCUUCGCUGCUAGGUUGAGCCAGAAGGGACUGGAAGAACAGUACGAGAAGGAAGCGGCACUGCUGAAGACACUGGAAGAGACACAUGGAAUCACUUCCAAAAGAAAGCAGUCACACUUCGAGAUGAUAGAGGAACACAUCAAGGAAGCUGUUAAGGAGGUUCUCCAGUCAGAUGAAAAUGCAGAAGACUCUGACCUGUCACAAUGCUCUUUGGAGUCUAUCUUGGAACAAGUGUACAGUGCCCUCUGUGAAGAGAAGUACAGUGAUGCUGUGAGGGUGCUACGGGGAGCAAAAACGUACUUCGCUGGAGUCCACGAACUAGAACCUGAUGGGAACAACAGCGUAGAGCAGCAAGAGGCGUGGUUCUACGUGGUGCUGAAGAAGAUAAUAGACGAUCGUGAUGCAGACGCGGCGGCCGCCUCUCAAGGAUCGCAGCCCGGCACGCAGUCUCAGGAGCCAGAAGAGUUGUCCAGGCAGCGAGCACUGCUCCAGUACUUGAAGAAAUCCAUCAUGUUUUCCCGAAUCCUGGCCACGGCGUUGCCAAUCAUAGCCAAGUUCCUGCAGUCGUCGCAGACGACAGACGUGCUGGAAGCCAUAGAGUUCUUCACGUCCGCGUACCUGUUUGGCCUGUCGGAUGCAGCGACCGGGGUGUGCAAGAUGCUGCCCCUGGUGUGGUCCCAGGAGCAGAGCAUCCGAGAAGCUCUGCAGGAGGCGUACGUCCGGAUAUACUUUGCCACGGAGGAGACUAGUCCCAGAGCCAGAGCGGUCACGAUCGUAAAGAACCUGUGUGGACUGGUGGUCACGCUGACGCUCGGGCAGCGGGACUCCUUGGAGGAGCUGAUCCGUCUCUGGGUUAGAGCUGGCACCAUAGACAAGUCCUGCAUACAGGUGAUGUGGGAGAAAUUCUCCAUGAAACUGCCUGGCACCUCUGAACAAGAAAGCAAAGCAAGUCUCAUACUUCUUGGAAUGGUUGCAAGCGAGGAGUUCCAGACGGUGUCCAGCAACAUGCACGUGCUGAGGAGCGUGGGGCUGAAGGACGCGACGGACCUGCCCAUGGUGAAGCUCACCUGCGAGGUGCUGCGCAAGCUGGCCUCCACCAAGCUCAGACUUGAUCCAGAAGAAGAAAUAUUUUCAGACUUGGUGAAGAUUCUGGUUGAAGACUUUUCCAAAGUUGAUGGAGAUGCAUUCUUACCAACUGCCUUUGAGAUAGUUGAUGUUAUAUACACGCUUUCUGACAAGCCUGACUCCAUAUGCACUCAUUUUCUGAGGGAUCUUGGGUCUGAGUACGAGAAACACUUGAGCCAUGAGUGCUCAUGCGAGUGUGGUGAAGUAGACUCCGUCUUGAUGUUGACCCGUCUUCUUGGCCUAUCCGGCCACAUUGCGUUUCGCCAGAUGCUUUUUCUCGACGACUCUGUGUUUCGAGAGCUGCGUCGCCGCGGGGCGCUGCGUGAGGAACGCAAGAAGAACCAGAAAGGGGUCGGCAGGAACUCCAGGGGAAGUGAUGUGAGCGUUCGAAGCAGAACGAACGACAAGGCCGCAAGCGUCAGAAGCAACGCGAGUGACAGGAAUGCGAGCUUCGGGAGCAACGCGAGCAGCAGGAAUGCCAGCUUCCGUAGCUGUACCAGUGCUAGGGGUAGUUCCGACAGAGUCGAAAUCAAUUCGAAACAUUACAGGACUCCUGCAUCAGCAUCCAGUUACAUAACUCUGAAGAACAGACAAGCAGCUGGCUCCGUGGAUGGCAAUGGUUCCAGCGACGACAUGGCGAGUGUGGUCGGAGCAGUGGCUGACGACCAGGAAGCAGAGUUCAUCCGCAACGUUUGCGAGAAGGAGCUCGUUACAGGAGAUAACAUGCUUAGUGCAUUUCGGGAGCUGGCGGUGGUGGUGUGCCGGGACCCCAGCACGUACCCGGACCCCGUCCUGCAGAGGACGGCAGCCCUCGCCCUGGCCAAGAUGAUGCUGGUGUCGUCGGAGCUGUGCGACCAGCACCUGCAGCUGCUGGUGUCCGUCAUGGAGCGCUCGGCCGACGAGGACACGCGCGCCAACCUGGUGGUGGCCGUCAGCGACAUGGCCUACCGCUUCCCCAACACCAUCGAGCCCUGGACCCCUCACAUAUACGGCCGGCUGCACGACCCAUCUCUGGAGGUUCGGCGAAGCACCGUCAUGGUUCUCAGCCAUCUCAUCAUGAACGAAAUGGUUAAGGUGAAGGGUCAGAUAGCCGACCUCGCACUCUGCAUCGUCGACAAGGAAGAGGUGAUUGCAGAAAUGGCACGUUUCUUUUUCUUUGAGAUGUCUCGAAAGGGCAAUGCAUUGUACAAUGCAAUGCCAGAUAUUAUUUCGAGACUGUCCUGCCCAGGGCAAGAUCUGAGUGAAGAAAACUUUCAGACCAUUUUUAGGUACAUCCUCGGGCUGAUCCAGAAGGAUAGGCAGAUCGAGAGCCUGGUGGAGAAGCUGUGCGGGCGCUUCGCAGCCGCGCAGACGGAGCGGCAGUGGCACGACCUGGUGUUCUGCCUCUCCGUCGUGCCACACAACGAGCGCAGCCUGCGCAGGCUCACGGCCAACAUGCCGGCGCUGGCGGACAAACUGCACGACCGCGUGGUGCAGGGGGCGCUGGCGGCCAUCGUCGCUGCCGUCAGCAAGAACGCCAAGCAGGAAGUCAAGACUGCAGUGGAGGAGCUGGAAGAAAAAAUACGAGAAUGUCGAAAGAAAGGAACAUGUGAUGAGGUAGAGGCAGAGAACAGCAUUCCUCAGACACCAGCUGCAAGAAACAAAACACCUGCUGCAUCAAGUAGGCGAAAGACGGUGAGGCGACCACGGCGGAAAAACUCGUCUUCGUCUGAAUCUGAGCACGAAAACACAUCUGACAAAGAGAAUGUUGCCACCAGGAAGUCUGUGCGAUUCUCUAUGAAGAAGCCUCCAAAUUUCCAGCAAGACUCUGAUGAAGAGAAUGCAGAAGAAGAUGAUGAUGUUUUCGUGAGACCUAAAGCCAACAGUAGGGCACCACAGAGUCGGAGGACACCGGCUGUUCCAUCAGCGGCCAUGGAAUCCAGCAGCUCUGAAGACGAGGCUGAAGAUGAACUCUCAUCUCCCUUGCAUAAGAAGUCACGUGGAGGGAGAGGCAGAACCUCUGCAAGAAAAUCUCGUAGAAAAUGAUCUUCCGAACAAUAUAGCUACUAGAUAUAUCUAGUUGAUUUUAUGAUACACGUACAAAUCUUAAUGCUUCUCUUAAAGUUUAUUUUAUAAAAUAUUUGAAUAUGUAAUGUGUGAAACAAUGUCAUACGGAUGUCUAUAGUUUUGAUACAAGUAAUUCUAGUAUUUUAAAAAUUUUACUAACACGUUUCUAUUAUAAAUAUUUUUAUUUUUUUUAGCAGUUUUGUUUGCUCACACUGUACUUAACACCAGUAUGAGGCAAACAUAGGUCUCAGCAACUGAACCAAUUGAAAAUCGCUCUCUUGUUCUGUACAAAAGGAAUACAUUUUUAUUGUAACAAUUUGUAAUGAAAAUUUUAUAUACUAAAGAUUUUACUUUGAAUUGCA